CCGGCUCCGGAGCGAAUAGGAACUAAUUAAGACUCCGAGAACGUGUGUUUACUUCCACAAGUUGUGACAUCACAUAUGAUGUCUAUGACGAAGGUCAAGAAAGGAACAAGUCACGGGGUCGUUACGGAGACCCAUUGGGAAUCCAAGAUGGCGCUGCCCUGGACUCCGAUAUAAAAUGGCGAUGAGCACGAGGCUUGUCCAACAUGGCAGCUACCGUCGUUCCCUUCCCAACAUGGCUGCCCACUCGGAGUGACGUCACGAACAACCUGACAAAUAACAACGCUGAUUUCCUUUGCAAGAUGGCGGCGCCGACAGUGCGCAACUGAGACCUUCCCAAAAUAGCCGCGGCUACGCCGCCGCGCCGUCACCCAAUAUGGUGUGGCCCCUUGCAAAAUGGCGGCGCCCAGCGAGUAACCUUCCCAAGAUGGCGGCGCCCAUGCCUUUCCGUACGCUCCUUGAAAUAGGUUCCUCCGUGUGUCCUGUUCUACUUCCUGUCCCAGAAUGGCACCUCCCGGGCUGCUGCGGCUGGGAGCCCCCCUGGCAGCGGCCACGAGGUGGGUCCACGGCUGGGUGCCCCGCGCCGGCGUCGGGGAGUGGCGGAAACGGCAGGGCUUGGCCCCCAGCUCUGCAGGCUACGGCCCCCUCCGGGAUCUGCCCGACUGGUCCUUUGCAGACGGGCGCCCAGCCCCGCCGUGGAAGGGGCAGCUCCGGCGUCAGCAGGAGAACGAGGACUUCGCGCGGCGCGUGGUCACGCUGUCCGCGGAGCUGUCCCAGGCCAAGCAGCGCUGGGAGAAGCAGCAGGAGGAGGCGGCACAGGAGCAAAAGCGGCUCCAGCUCCAGCGCUGGCUGCAGCCCAAAGGGGGCACUCUGCGUGGGGGGGGCAAUAAAGUUCCCUGAGCCUCG